AUGAAUUAUAACAAUAAUAUUAUUAUGACGACCGGACUACAUAAUCCUGGAAUUUUAAGCCUAACAAAUUUUCAAACAAUUGGUCCAUACCCUGUUCGAAUAUCUCUACCACAUGAUCCAGAAAAUAUAAAGUUUUUAAUUAAAGAUCUUACAGGAAAAACACAUUCUUUUACAUAUACCGUAUUAGAAUCUACUUUUCUUAGUCGUUUAAAAGUUGCAGAUAAUCCAAAACAAGCUAAUAGUUUUAUGUUAUAUGAUGGAAAAGAAAUCACGGGAUUUUAUUUAAGUCCUUUAGAUCAAUGUAAAUUUGUUCUUUGGACAGUAGAAAAUUUACCAACAUCUAAUAUAUCAGAAAAUAUUAAAAAAUUUACAUGUUUCAAAUGUAAUGCUUCGUUUUCUAAUGAAGAUACAUUAAAAGUUCAUAAACAAUCUUAUUGUAAUGAUCUCAUAUUACCAAGAAGUCAGACGUGUUCGCCUUCUAUAGGAAAUAAUAAUUUACAGAUGACAAACAUAUCGUCAUCAAAACCUCUUAUGCUCCCACCGCAAUUACCAUUACAUCAACAAUAUAACUCAUUACAAGUAUCUCAACAGAUAAGAGAUCUGGCUAAAAAUUGUAUCUUUUUACCAAUUGCAACACAAAAUAAUUCACAUGGGAUUCAAAUGUUAGGUCAACCACAACUUAUUAUACCGAUCGCCAUUAAUAAAGAUUUUAAUCUUAAUACAAACAGUACAAUAUAUAUAAACUCUGAAAUGUGUUUAGGAAUUGAUAUUAAAAAAAAACUUCAUAUUGGAAAUGAUGGUCUAUGGGUAAAUAUUGGUACAGAAAAAGAUAUUGAUUUACCAAAGUCAUCUUCUAAUAUAAAUUUCAAUUCUAUUGAAUUAACUAGAAAAAGAACUAUAUCAACAGAUGGAAAUAAAAUAGAUUUAACAACUAAUAAUAAAUCUAAUGAUUUUCAAUGUAAAAAAAUGUUUCUUGAAUCACUACCUUCACAAUUAUCUAAUAUUUUACCUUCAAAUAGUUCUGUAUGUAUAAAUCAAAUGUUACCAGAAAAAAAAUUUCAAUGUUGUUGUAGUGCUUCAUUUUCAACAGAAGCAACAUUUGCUGCACAUGUCAAAACAUACUGUAAAAAUAGAAUGGUAAAAUCUGAAGAAACAAGUACAAAAGACUUACAACGUAAGACACUACGGCCAUGUCCAAAGUGUAACUGUUAUACAUCAUCAACUGCUGAGAUGACUCAGCAUCUUAAAAAUAUUCAUGAUUACUCAAAAUCAUUUAUUUGCAAGAUAUGUUCGUACAAAGGAUUUUCGGAAAGAGGAAUAAAAGCACAUCUUAAAAUACAUGAUGAAAUAAGUCAUCAAGAUGAUGAUUUUCAAAAAUAUAUAAAAAUAAUUCAUAAUGAAGGAUCUGAAACUAAAAAUUUGAAAUGUAUCAUAUAA